GUCAGCCGGAAGUCGUCAAAACACAAAAAGUGUCAAAUGAAAUAAAAUCCACUAAAUGAAACAUUAGAUUGUGCUGGUAGCUAGCCAAAAUGCGGACGGAUCAAAAAUUAUUUUGCUUGAAGCUGUCGCUGGUUUUAUUUAUUGUGCUAUUAUUGUUAUUUGGUGCAGUAUUAUUCGGUGUACCGUUAUGGCUGCUGUUAGAUUAUUGGUCAAAUGAAUACCUGGAUAUCAACGUCGAGUUCCAGAGAUAUUUAAUAGUUCUUUAUGUUCUGAUUGUUGUUGGUGGCAUCAUACUUUUAUUUGGUUUUCUGGGAAUUGUAGGAGCAAUCAGAACCAAUAAAUGGAUUCUUUUAAUGUUGGUAAUAAUGGUAAGUAUAGCAGCAGCCAUGACAGCAGGUGGAUGUGUUUUUGGUUUUCUUUACAAGGAAGAGUUGAGGAAUACUGGCACUAUAGUAGCUGAUUAUAUCCAACAAAAAUACACGGGGUUCCAAGACAGACCAACACAGAUUAUAGAUCUCAUGCAGUCAGAGUUGAAUUGCUGUGGAGGUGAGAAUUUUUUAGACUAUGAUAAAUCGUACUGGCAAAAAAACGAUGUAAAGCGUGACCAUCAAACGCCGCUGUCUUGUUGCCAAGACUACGAGAGAUAUCAAAAUGCUCAAGGUGUGGCGUACACAUGUUCCAUGUACGAAGGAAGAGAUGUAGUGGCACAAUCACGAACACCAAACCCGAAAAUACAUAAAACGGGAUGUAAACAGGCGUUAUCUGAAUUUUUUACUAAAUAUGUUGGUGUGGUUGUGGGUGUAGCUAUAGCAUUAUUUGUCAUAGAGCUGACCUGUGUAAUUAUUGGAUCAGUAUUAAUUCAUAUUUUACGGAACUUGUUCGUACCCCAACCAGAUGAUAUAGUUUAUGAUAUGGCGAGAAAACAAGAAAAAUCACCCUACCCUUCACGUGGUGGAUAUAGUGGAGGUGGUAAUUAUUACCAGUAAAAUAUCGAAAAACUUUUUAUAAAAUGUUAAGAACAAAUUUAACUGCUGGAUAAAUUUACUAGACAAGAAAAACAAUGGAAUGUCUUGUGACGAAGAGAGACAAGAUGUACAUGUCUACUUCCUGCUACAGUACCAGAGAGAUUGUAAUAUUCCAUUGAUAUGCAGUUUUUUUUAACUGUUAAUGGGUUGUCUUGUUGUGACCUAGAUAAGAAUGGAUGUAGAAUUUGAAAUAUUAUGAUUUGUCUGAUGAUCAAAGAGUAUUUAUAGUCAAUUGAGGUAUGAAGAGACAAAAACUUUUGUAUAAAUUAGAAAUUAAUAAGAACUUGCACUUUAUACUCAAGUUUUAUAAGAGAGAUAUUUAAGGUGAUUUUUGACUUGUAUUUUAGCCAUGAAAUGAACUUAUAACUUUAAAAAGAUCUUUACACCAAUCAGGCCAAUAUAAUUUACUUUUUAGUUCUUCAUGGUAUUGAAUAGCCUCUUGUGAGCAAGGAUUUUUUGUUUUAUAUUUCAAAACAUAAAAACUUGAUCUAUAUGCUAUUCAGAAAAACCAAAAUUUAUUUUUGUUUUCUAAAUUUUAUUGUUUUUAAGAAAUCUGAAGUAAAAUUUUAACUGGUAUUCCAUUCCUGAAGAACUAAAAGUUAAUUGGUUUGGCCUUAAUGUAAAACAUUGACAUUUAAAUAGAUUUAAUUCCACGACGAGCUGUUGAUUCAGAAUGAAGAAUAUUGUUUAUUGAUUUCGUAAAUGAGAGCUAUUUUUUCUGCAGCUAGUUUUGAUUAAACAACAAAUUAAGCAGUAUUCUUAUUCAGUUAAAAAGAAAUAAUGUUUUGUAUUUAUUAUUAGAGUUCUAGAAUCUUAAUGGUUUUUGAUGUAAAUUUGGACCAAACGACUUACUGGUACCAUUUAUCGUUGUUGAGAGUAAAUUAAUUUGUGAAAAAAGGUACGCCACAUUUAUUAUUUGUAAUGUUUCAUAAUGUGGCAUUAAAAUUGUAGAUUUUGCAUGUUGCAAACGGAUCCUCAGAAAUUAAAGUUUUUAAAAAAUAUAUUUGAAACUAAGAUAUGGUUAUUUUAUAUGUAUAUUUAUUAGUAGUAGCCUUCUGCACAUGUGGAACUUUUUAUAUGUCAAUCUUAUGGGCAAACUACGGUCUUUAUAUGGAUUAUGUGAAUGCCUGAUGAAUAAAUUUUUGCUAUAAAUGGGACAAAUGUGGAGAAUGUUUUGCGUUCGGUGCCAUUACUUUGUUUAUUUCCAAGACUCACAGCUUUACUUUAUUUUCUUUUCGAUGAAUUUGAAUCAUGCUUUAACUGAACUGUGCUUUUAUGGAUUUAUGUUUUUAUGACCUAGUCAAAACAUGUGUCUUUACAAAUAUGAUAUAAUGUAUUAAGAUAAGUCUUUUUUAAAAAAAAUAAUAAAGUGAGUUUUUAUUCAAAUUUUACAUUUUUAUUAAGUACCUUAAAAGACCUCAAAAUAAUAAUCUAAAUGGUAUCAAUCUCUUGUGUAAUUUUAAUAUGACAUAGACAACAUAUACAUACAUUAUGCCAGUGGUACACAAACCAAAUGGGUGUAUUUUUUAUGAGAUAAUUAUAUAAUUGUUUAAAGAUAUAUUCCCUCAAGUAUAAUUAGGUCAUCUUUUUGAUCCUCUAAACUGAUUAAAUACAGAUCUAUGUUUGAAUAUGUAUCCUAUAAGUUUUAUUGGGUCAAAUUGGUGUAUUUUUUUCUGAGAGAAUUACCCAGUAUAUGAUUGUUUAAAACUGUUGCCUAUUAAUCAGACCAUCUAUUGAUUUUUUACACGGAUUAAAAACAGUUUUAUUAGGUCAGCGAUUCUAAACUUUUUUUACCCGUAAGUAUGUUAUUUGUAAUGACCUGGAAAAGUUGAAUUGUAGAUCUAAAUUGCUUGACAAGCUCACCACAAAUUAACCAAGUUAAUUAUUACAAAUAAUCAACCAUUGAGUCUGACAUUGCUUAUUAACAGUAGUGCAGAUUUGUAGAUUGCCAAACCAUUUUCUAUAUAUUAUUGUGAAAUAUAUAACAUUGUAAGUAGCAAAUAUUUAUCCUGAUAAUUUGGAUAUCAUUAAAGGGCCAAUCCCGAUAAUAUUUUGGAGAAUAAAACUGCUUAAUUUUGUGUUGAAGCUCCUAAUUCAAUAUUUGUGAGCAACUAAUUCAAUAUUUGUGAUAUGUUUUCAAACAACUUACACCCGUCAGUCUUCAUCUGGAAAUGGAGACGGGUGUCCCAAGCUGUAUUAUGCUGUGUCUGGAUAAACCAGACUUUUAUUUUAUAAAAACAAUGUGUUGGUGAAAUUUACCUUUCGGUAUCCAGUAAGGCACAUGGGUCAUUCACUGUAUAGACCUCUAAAGGAACGGCGAUAGAUUAUCAGGUCACCUAACGAAAAAAUUGAACAGAAAUCUUAAAAGAGUUACGUGUCCGAAUAAGCAUUUUUGACGUUCAAGUCCAAACAACUCAUUAUUUUGAGCUGAAAUUUUGAGGCAGGGUGAAUACACCAUUCCUCUAUAUUUUGGCGCUUAAAUUUCAUACGAACUCAGACUUUUAUUUUUGAAACAUUGUUCAAAUCGGGAUAGUCCCUUUAAGUAUGUAGGAUCACAAAUACUGAGGAAAUAUAUCUUUAUUUACUAAACCUAUUUGUAACAAGUAUUAACAUGUGCAUGAUGAAGCCACUGUAGAGGCAAAUCUUCCAUUCAAUGUUAUUUUUUAUUAAUUCCAUCAUUUUAUACUAAAAACUUGUUAUUAUUGAUUAUUAGAAUAGGAUUUAUGACGGAUGAUUAUUAUUUUCAUAACAUGGCUUAAAAUUCACCACUAAAAUAAUUAACUCUUCUCUUAGUGCAUCUCGCUGUGUGAUUGUUUCGUGGACACUAAUCAUCAUGAAAUCAUCAGAAUUAAUACUGUCUUGUAUGUUUCUAAUCUAAAUAAAGAAUUAAAGAUAAUAUUUAGUGGUAUUUAGCGAUUGAGAAAUACAUUAAUCGAACACAAAUUUUAUGGGAAACAGUCACUGGUUUUAUUUUAAAAGCAAGAUGUUGCGACAAGUAUCCUCUGAUUGUUAUCAUUUAAACAUACAUUAUGCAAGAGCUAAAUCUGCCUAUUGCAGGUCUUUCUUUAGGCCUGAAAUGUUAUCUAAGCUAUUAGAUAUUAAUUAACUUAUAAAGACCAUAAUCAACUCUUGAUAUCAUCGCUAGCCUGCAUUAUCUACUGGAUUAGAAUCCGAUUUGCUGCUCAACUUUCAUUCAUGAUUUAAUCAUAAAAUGGAUAAUUGAGACUAUGUUUUUUAUCGUACCGGCCUUUGUAAUGAUGAUCGUGGCUAGGCCAAAAAUUCAAAUGCUAUAUUCUCGGUUCAGAGUGGAUCAAUUUGACUGAAAUUUUCAGCAAAUUCCAUUUACAUUAUCUAGUUUUUUACUAAUAUAGUGAGAACUGCCAGCUCUUUGUCUAAUCUCCCAUAAUGUAUCUUUAACCAAUAAAAGGAUACUUGUCAAAACAUUGUGCUUUUAGAAUAAAACCCGUAAUUGUUUCCAGUAAAAAUUGUGAUUUGUUAAUGAAUUAAAGAUGUUUUGAGAUUUUAAUUUUUUUUAAAUAUUAAUUUUGAAUAUUUACGUGAAUUUUAAUUAAUGUUAUGAUGAUAAUUAUUAUAUAUAUUCAAUGUUGUCAGUUGAUAAUUGCUCAUUUUUUCUAUAUACCAUAUAUUAUAUAUUUCAUCAUAUCAUCUGAUGUUUAACCAUACACGGUACUCGAAGCCAGUUUUACCAUUUAUCUUAUUCAUGGAGACGCAGAAAUUAACAUGCAAACCACUUUCAUUAGUUUUUUUUUCAUUAUUAGCCUCUGUUACCCAGACCAUCAUUUCGUCCUAAUUGUCAAUCUUGACUGACUGGCAGUUCAGUUGACCGACUGGAGAAUUUAUGUCAAUCAGUAUACAUUAAGUAAAUUCAGAAUUUUAAAGCAUUUAACCUUAAAACAAAAUAACUACAUUGGAGCUACUAAAAUCCUGCUAAUCCCAGACAAACACAAUACAGUCAAAAAUGAACUGGCUGGCACAAUUGAAAACUGAAUAUUUUAUGCUGCACAAAUCAAAAUUUUAUUUUCACCCAGAGUUCCUGGGAUACCAAUAUACAGAUUAUUGGUAUCUUGUCACUAUGGGUUACAGAGGCUGUAUCUUUAUCAUUGAAAUCGUUAAUUGGUGUCAAACUCAAAGUUAUUUCCCUUUAUUUCCCACACUGUCAUAAGAAUAAAGCAGCAAUUGAUUGUAGAGGAAAUUGUUUGGUUUUUUUAAUUAUGAAUCAUAUUUUUUAUUGUUCUAAAGAAUAUAUUUUGAAAUAUUUUUCAAAGUUUCAAAUUUUAGGAUCAAAGUUUUGUGUCGUGAUAAUUAUUUAGGAUCCCAUACUCUGAUGUUUACUAGUAGGCUAAUACUCAAUGUGUAUGUUUAAUAAAGAAUUCCCUUUAAUGUAAUUUUGUGCUACAUUUCAAACAAAUUUCCUUGAAUAUGUGAACUACUUGAAUACAUGCCAGAUCAUUACCGUUACCAGGUGACUACGGAACUCAAAAUGCUCUGGAGUCUGGACUGAUUAUAUUUUUUUCCGAUUCUAAUUCAAUGACAAUAUUAACUUAUUAAAAGUUUCAGCUUUAAAUGUUUCCUUGUGACCUGUAAAUAAAAUGUUAGGUUUGUGGCAAACGCUACCAGUUGCCCCCCUUGGUUUCAAAUGUGUAGGGGUUAGCCCACUUUAAGAAGUGGUGGUGGAUGAUGUCUAAUUUUAGAAGUUUUGUAUAUUUUGGAACCUGAUGGUAGUCUGUUUUAUUAUAUGAUAUUAUUGUCAAAAUACUGUCUCCUGAUCUAAAUUAUAACCAUUGUGAUCUGUAAGUUCCGUUUAUCAGGCAGGCUCUUGUAUCAACCAUAUUGCCAAUCCUGCAAUGACAAAUCUGACUGGCAAAGAUAUAAAGGGAGGCUAUUAGUUUCAUACACUGUUCAUUUAGUAUUUGCAGUAGAAUAAAAUUUGAUUUUCUCUAUGGUUGAGAAUAAAUAGCAACAAAUAACCAAAGAGAUUUCACACUACACUAUAAAAAUAUUUUAUAAGUGUGGAAAAAAUCAUCACUGAGUGACCUUUUUUCUCAGACAUAUUUUUAAGAUACUGUUAUUUAUUGGCCAAUAAAAUGAGAGGAUUUGCCAGUGAAAACAUAGUAUUGGCCAAUGAAAACAGAGUAUUUUGCCAGUGAAUCUUUAAAAUAUCUCUGUUUAAUUAAUUAUAUGAGCAUUCAGUCUCAAAUCAUUUUGUAAAUUCCUUUGAAUCUGCUCAGAUUUUUUGUAUACGUCUCAUAAUUAAAUAAAUGUCAGAAAUUUGUAUGUUUGUUGUAAGCAAGAGAGUAGAUAACUUUUCUGUUGGCCUUUAGUGUAGAACUGUUUUAAUUCUGUGUAUCAUGGUAUAAUAAAUCAGUAUUACCAACAAUCUCAUUAAAACACAGAUCCUAUUUCGUUUCAUUUUUAUAGUUCAAAAUUUUGUUUUACUUGUCUUUACUACACUAGGAUCUGGAAGAGUUGUUACCAUUGACGUGUUCUGAAUAGUGUGAGUUAUUAGCCAAUGAACCGGUCUGUUACGGCGAGCUUUAGGUGUGUUUUGCACGAAACUGUGGGUAAUCCACUAGUAACACUAAUGCCGAUUGGUUAAUCAAAUGUCUGACGUCAUAGGCUCACUUGCCGCUCGUAUGACCUCUGACGUGACCUAUCACAACAACCGGUCAGAUCUUCAUGUAGUGGCGUGGCUUCGAAUCCCCGGUUGUACGUGACAAGGAGUAGGGUCGCCUGUCCAACUUCGUGGGUUUUCUCCGGGUCCUCCGGUUUCCUCCCACUGCUAAAGACCCCUACGCGCAAGCGAAUUAUUGAAAGAAAAUUAAACCAUAUGUGAGUCCUGAAAUGACCUAGUUUGUGUCGUGUGGCCAACAAAAGUAUAAAAUAACGAAACGGAAUAUAGAUCUGUAUGUUAAUCAGAUUGUAUUACCAAUACAGUGUGUUCUGUAAAAAGGUGUGUUUAGGUAUUGAAUGUCUUUUCAAAGAGACCAAUUCUCCUCUAUAGGAAACUGUUUUGGCUAACAGUCGGCAUCAAAAUCGCUUGUUAUAUCUGCUGUUGCACCACUCAGAAUUGGCUUUUUUUUGUGGGGGUGAGAGGGGAACUGGAAAAGCAGUGAUCAGUUCCUGGUGGCAAAGACAUGAUUUUGCUGUUAGUAGCAAGAGAGUGACUUGGUCUCCUAAAAGAAUUUCCACACUUUCACACUCAUAAACUACAAUGGAGGCACAAUACCAGUAAAAAUACCGUUUUUUAAAACCUUAUUAGCUGUUGUAGAAUUUUAAGAAACUUUUAUAUUUACAUAUAUCAUAUUUUAUUUUAGUUUUAUUAAAUCAUUUCAUUACAAACUGUUUUAUAAAAACUUGCUAGCUGUUGUGUAGAAUUUUAUAAAUGUACAUUUAGUGGUUUCUUGUAACAAAUUUAUUUAAAACUAAUUCAUUUAAUCAACAUUUCUUGUUUUAAAAUAAUAUGAUGAAUUAAUUGUCAGUUUAUAUAAUUUUUAAAAAUUAUUCUUUCAACUAUUGCCUAGAACAAAAACAAGACAAUACCCAUAGGUCUACUUGCAUCAAAUGAAAUUUUGGUGUAUUUGGGUAUACCAUUAUCAGUUAUUUGCAACUUUCUAAGAACAGGGCUCAAUGUUUGUUUGGUCUGGACGCUAAAUGCCCCGGAUCAAAUCAUGGCAUUGGCCAAGAAGAAUCUUAGGGAUUUUUGUAGGCCGGGUUCCCACUUGUCAGAGGUUGCACCUAUGUAGCUGACCAGGAAAGUGUCUGGUUCUGUGUAUGGUAUAAGCAAGACCCUGUGUACAAAUUGGCAGUAGAAAGUCCAAGAAGACGGGUAGGCAAAAAUACCUGGUGCAUUUCCCACAUGACUAUAGAUAUUAAAAUUAACAGUUGUUAGUCUCAAAAUAACUGAGGUAUUGUUUUAAUAAGACAUUGAAUCCCAUUCCUUUCCUUGUCUUUCUUUGACCAUUUAAAUAAGAAGUCCCUGGACUCCAACAACUGUUAGAGGCCAAUAUUGGUGAAUUCUAGUCAUAGCUCUACAGCAAUAUUCCCCUCUUUAUUUUCUAGCUGAUUUAACACAUUGCAAUAUACAUUUUAUUAUUCCCCUUUAUUUGUAUGGAAAAAAAAUUAAAUGUAGUAUUUUUGUGCCUAUGGUUAUUUUGUAAUGUAUUUUAUUAAUGUAAUUUUAUCCAAGAGUUGUAAAUGAUAUGUCUUUAUUACUUGUCUAAUGCUUAUGUAUUUUUAUGUACAUGUAUUUCUGUAACAUUUUUUUAAUUAUUAUUAUAUUAUUAUAAAAAUAUUUCGUAUAGAAUUCGCUAAUAAAUGGUGUCAUUGUA